GCAACGACAGCGUACAACUUUAUAAGUGACUACGUGUAUUAUUGCUUUCUAAUCUUCACUGAGAACUAGUAUGAAAAUGGCAACGGAAAACACUAUAUACAUCAACUGCGACAACUUGAGAGAUAAAUUGUAUCGAAACGAUGAAGUUCUUCUGUUGGAUUGUCGAUCAAAUGAUGAAUACAGACAUGGCCACAUCAACGGUGCACAUAACAUUGUUCUACCACAACUUAUGAUGCGACGACUGAAGGCAAACAAGCUUUCAUUGAAAAGUCUUGUACCGCCAAAUUUUCGCCAAGAGAAAGAAGCGUUCUUAAAGAAAUGUACAACUUCUCAUGUUGUGGUGUACGAUCAUUUCACCGCCGACCUUAACAACAACGAUACCACGAUGUUGGCGUUGCUGUACAAUCGAAUGAAGAAUGAAGGCUGUAAUGUGUCGGUGCUAAAGGGAGGCUACACGAAGUUCCAAGUCGACUUUCCCGACUUCUGUUUAAAAGCUGGUACCACUGGAUCCAGUGAUGCAGACGACGAAGAUGGCGGCAGUGAUGAGUCCGCUGCAUCAUCACCAAGAGGAGGACGCUGCUCCCCGCUCUCUCCUCUUACCAUUCAUGCUCCGUCCAUCCUCGGACUUGGUUCCCUGAGAAUAUCUUGUGAUCACGAAGAAGAAGAGUCGGACAGUGUCGAAUCGCGUCUUGGUCGAUCUAGAAGAGACCGCCCAUGCGACAACCAUCGCCACCAUAAUUGCCUCCGUCAUUCAGAUCGUUUCAACAGCGAGGGUGAGUCUGAUGACCCGAACAGUGCUAACUCUCUCUCGUCAAAUGAAGGCAACGUUCCUCUUACCCUGAAACCAAUUCCAUCAUCCCAUCCAUGCACAUGUUGCUCAUGUGACAAGGCACCUCGCAGGACCAUUCCUCAAUCCCCGCAAUGCCCCUCUCCGUCCCCCGCACAUAACUUAUAUGGUGGAGCGUCUGCUCCCGCCGAAAUUCUCAACGGACUUUUUCUUGGUUGCGCUAAAGAUGCCUCCAACGCCGCCGUCCUUGCUGAGCACAACAUUACUUAUAUUUUGAACGUCACCCCGAACCUUCCCAACGUAUUUGAGAACGAUGGCAAAUACAAGUACAAGCAAAUCCCGAUCACCGACCACUGGAGUCAGAAUCUCUCCCAAUUCUUCCCGGACGCGAUAGCCUUUAUCGACGAAGCACGCUCCAAAAACUGCGGUGUCCUGGUUCACUGUCUUGCUGGCAUCAGCCGAUCGGUCACUGUCACAGUCGCUUAUCUGAUGCAGAAACUCAGAUGGUCACUUAACGAUGCUUACGACUUUGUUAAACAAAGGAAAAACAAUGUCUCACCAAACUUUAACUUCAUGGGACAACUUUUGGAUUUUGAAAAAACCCUUGGACUCGGAGAAUACUCCUCUUCCACGGAGAACCCACUCUCCUCCGCCUCCCAAAACCACCCACCAACCCUCUUCUUUACCUCACCCCCACCCCCAACACCGACCCUCACCCUACCCGUUAUGAAGGGUAAGAAACGCGAGCAGAGAUCUGCCUUCAUCCUCCCCAAUCUAUCCUGAUUUGGCUGCGACCAAUACCGUAGUGGAAGAUGGUACGCGAAGUUUCGAAUCCUGAAAGUCGCUUGCACUGUGAGAAGAGACCAACUGGCGCUGGCGUAGAAUUGAUGACGUUAACCACUUAAAUUAUGACGUCACAGAGCAUACGAACGGUGGUCGAAGAUAGCUGAUCGAGCUGCGUAUACCCAUGAGGGUUAUGACUUACUGUGUUGAUUGUCUUCCUAUUUACCACCAGUUGUUUAUCUGAAUGCGUGAUGUCACAAUCUAGCAUUUACCCGCAAUUAUAUUCGUACAAAUGUUUACGAAAAGCGCUGCUUUUUUACAAAUGUGUUUCAAAUUUUGCUAAUAGCACAAGCACCGAUUUUAGCUUUUUAAAUAAUCGUGGCAUUUGUUGUUACUGAUCGAAUUAAUUAUCAAAAAUAAAAAUGGAACUUUUGA